GGGCGCCGUCCUCCUCACUUCUGCUGUCUGUGGGUCUGCGGGAGUGUUUGUGGUGACAGAGUAGAGAGAAGGAGUGUGUGCAGAUUGUAUGGACAUGUCAUAAUACGCUCUUGGAAGACUGAUCAAUCUGGUGGACGUGGUUUGGACACUGUGACCAAAAUGAGGAUCUGGUUUAAAGUUUUGUGUCUUCUCACCCUGUGGGUGGUCUACUCUGAUGCUUGGUUCUGGGACUGGAGUAAGACUGGUACGACAUUGGCCCCAAGGUCGGAAAUGGAGGGUUCUGGCAGUGUUACAGGUAGUGGAGAGCCGCUAUCUGAGAGUAGCACCACAGUUGGAGUAGAGAUCAUUGAUGAAGGACGUGUGCUUGAAAAGGUUGGGCAGAGCUGGGAUGUGCCUACUGAAGGUCCUCAACUGACAACUGUAAUUCCUUCAAAACAUCCGCAGAAUGGACAUGGAGCAGAAAAGGUCACUGCAGGAAUGCCGUCUCACAGAAAUAAACCUGAAGACAAAGGAGUCUCGCUGCUGAAGCUAAUCGGAGAUCCUCCUCCAGACAGUAUUCCAGAGGUGGAUGGACCGGACAACAGCCCCGCUUACCUCUUCGGUCCAGAUUCCACCACGGGUCAACUUGCCCGUGCACACUUCCCCAACCCAUUCUACAGAAACUUUGCCCUCAUCUUCAGCGUGAAACCAACCUCUGAUGAUGCCGGCACCAUCUUCGCCAUCACAGACGCCUCACAGCAGAUCAUGCAUGUGGGGGUCAAACUGUCGAAAGUCCAGGGUGGCGAGCAGAACGUCAUUUUUUACUACAGCGAGCCGGGCGCAAAGCAGUCCUACGAAGCGGCCAGUUUCCCGGUGCCCUCCAUGAAGGACACCUGGAACCGUUUUGCUAUCGCUGUAAUGGACAACAUAGUGGCCUUCUACCCUAACUGCGAUGGAGGGCUUCGGAGCGUAAGAUUGGAGAGAUCCCCGGAUGAGAUGAACCUAGGAAGUGGUUCCGGUGUGUUUGUAGGUCAAGCUGGGGGAGAAUUUCCCGAUAAAUUUCAGGGUGCGAUCAGUGAGCUGAGGGUGGUGGGAGACCCCCGUGCUGCAGAGCGGCUCUGCGAGGAGGACGAUGACUCGGAUAUGGCUUCAGGAGAAGGAAGUGGCUACGAAGAAACCAGACACGCAAAUUCUCACAGAGAGAAAGAGCAAAACAUGCAGAAAGCCUUGGCGUCUCUUACACCUAUCCCACAGCCACCACUGGACAGGAAAGGAGAAGAGGGAACCUUCUUAGAAACAGGUGCAGUCUUUGUUAAAGGAGAAAAGGGCGACAAGGGGGACCAAGGACCGAAAGGAGAGAGGGGUUUGAGGGGUCCGCAGGGAGAAGCAGGCAUCAGCUACAAGGGGGGAGUCGGUGGACACAAGGGAGAACCUGGUGAAAAGGGAGCAAAGGGGAGCGCAGGCUUUGGAUAUCCUGGCAAAAAGGGCGACACUGGCCCUCCAGGACCACCAGGCCCACCUGGUCCUCCAGGCCCUGCCACUGAGUAUUCAGUUGGAAGUGAUGGAUCAGUUGUUUCAAAAGUACCUGGACCCCGAGGCCCACCUGGACAACCAGGUCCUCAGGGACCCCCAGGAGAGGAUGGAGAACCGGGGGAUCCCGGGGAAGAUGGAAAAACCGGGCCUCAGGGACCCCGAGGCUUUCCUGGGACUCCGGGUGAUCCUGGACUGAAAGGCGAAAAGGGUGACCGUGGAGAGGGCCAGCCUGGGCCCCGGGGCCCCCCAGGACCUCCUGGACCACCGGGUACAGGAUUCAGAUCUACGUUUGAAGACAUGGAGGCCUCUGGAUUCCCCGAUUUGGAAUCCAUUCGGGGACUUCCAGGUCCACCAGGUCCGCCUGGUCCCCCAGGUCUUCCAGGUUUCCCAUCAGCAAACACAGCAGUGAGCUCUGGAGCUUCUGGGCCCCCAGGAAAGGAUGGAGAGCCAGGUCAACCUGGUCUGCCUGGUUUACCUGGUGCUGAUGGUCUCCCUGGAGCUCCUGGUCCAAAGGGAGAAAAGGGAGAUUCGGGCGAGCUUGGACUCCCAGGGGCAAUCGGAGAAAAGGGAGCUCCAGGAGAACCCGGUUUACCCGGCGCUGCAGGACAACCCGGACUGGCUGGUCUUCCAGGACCGAUGGGACCAGUUGGUCCUCCUGGACCUCCAGGCCCUCCAGGACCAGCUCAUCGGGUUGGAUUUGAUGACAUGGACGACUCCAGUGGGACUUUCACUAAUGGACUUCCUGGUGUCAGAGGACCAGAAGGGAUACAGGGUCCUCCUGGUUUACCUGGACAACCAGGUACCCCAGGUUUUCCUGGUAUACAGGGUCCAAAGGGUGAGCAGGGUCCCUCAGGAAGCGACGGACAACCAGGUCUGGAUGGCUUCCCAGGACCUCCGGGCCAAAAGGGAGACAGAGGUGACAAAGGAGAGACGGGUGAACCCGGUCGAGAUGGAACUGGACUGCCAGGUCUACCUGGACCACCUGGACCACCAGGAGAGAUAAUAUACCAGCAUUCUGACAAUGGGGCCUCUGGUAUACCUGGCAGAGCUGGAUUUCCUGGUCCUGUUGGCCCAAAGGGAGACAGAGGUGACCCUGGUCCACCAGGGUAUGGCCUAAAGGGUGAAAAAGGAGAGCCAGGCUUGAUAAUCGGGCCUGAUGGAAAUCCUUUGUACCUGGGCGGGUUAACUGGGCCGAAGGGAGACAGAGGACCUCAAGGACCUGUUGGACCCUUUGGUCCUCAGGGGCCUCCGGGACUGAAAGGUGAAAUAGGCAUGCCUGGAAGACCUGGUCGCCCAGGUGUGAAUGGAUACAAGGGUGAAAAAGGAGAGCCAGGGGGUGGUGCAGGUUACGGAUACCCGGGAGUGGCAGGUCCACCAGGACCGCCAGGACCACCUGGACCACCAGGGCCAGCCAUUUCUGUGGAUCGAUUUAAUCGCUUUGAUGAAAAUUCUAGGAGUUACCAAGUGGUCAAAGGAGAAAAAGGAGACCGUGGACCUCCUGGGAUCCCAGGGACAGCUUCAGAUAUCGAUAUUUACUCACUCAAGAAUAAGUUGAAGGGAGAACAUGGAGAUCCAGGAGUGAAGGGAGAGAAGGGAGAGCCAGGUGGUGGAUAUUAUGACCCACGGUUUGGAGGACCACUGGGUCCACCAGGACCUCCAGGAAACCCAGGCCUACCAGUAAGUUCAGAGAGAGCUGCACACAUACAGACUGAAAAACUAAGAGGCUGUUUUUCUGGAACUGACCGAGUUGUUCCAUUGAAGAAGUUCUGUCCUUUUCAGCUCCACCUCAUUGCAUUGAACGCCCCUCAGUCUGGCAACAUGCGAGGGAUUCGUGGUGCAGACUUCCUGUGCUUCCAGCAGGCUCGAGCUGUUGGUCUUAAAGGAACAUUCAGGGCCUUCCUGUCCUCCAAGCUUCAGGACCUCUACACCAUCGUCCGCAGGUCGGACCGAGAUUCAUUCCCCAUCAUGAACCUCAAGAACCAAGUGUUGUUCAGCAGCUGGGAGUCCAUCUUCAGUGAAGACAAAAGCAAAAUGAGGGAGAAUGUACCUUUAUACUCGUUUGAUGGUAGAGACAUCCUCAGGGACAGUGCAUGGCCAGAAAAGAUGGUCUGGCACGGAUCUAGCAAAAAGGGCCAUCGGCAAAUGGAUCAUUACUGUGAAACAUGGCGGGCGGGCGAUCGUGCGGUGACGGGCCUGGCGUCGUCCCUGCAGAGCGGCCAUCUCCUGCAGCAGACGCCCAGCAGCUGUUCCAGCUCCUACGUCGUCCUUUGCAUAGAGAACGCCUUCACAUCGCCCUCUAAAUAAUGAAUCCAUCCUUCUUUUCCUUUGGUCCUCUGUGUUCAGGGCUCUAGUUGACACAUUGUUUUGUAAACUCAGCAGGUAAAUUUUGAUCCCCUUUCUUUUACAUUUUACACUUGCUUGUUAACAUGUGGCAUCGGAUGAACUGCCGCCUGAGGAUUUUCUAGCCUGGCAGGACAUGCAGCAUCCAUAAACGCCAAAGAAAAGGCUCCAGCAGAACGCCUUUGGUCCUUUUUAAACCCAGAACAUUGGCACAUAUUUUCUUUAAGACGUAAACCAGUAUCAUUCCCGAAUUUAAUCUUGUUU